CGCGCUUUGAUUAUAUGCACCAGUGCAGUCGAGGGCUAGAAAAGCACACACUGGACUAUGAUAUUAGACAUUAUACAUUGAAUCGCAACUGCUUAUUGAUAAUUCUGAGAUGAAAAUAAUUUAUCACAUCACGUCGAAUUGUGGGAAUAACCAUAACUCACAAUACUUCGUGUCAUUAAUGCAAACCGUAUUUUGUUUACUAUUUUGUUUUAUGCUAGCAAUUCACCAGCUAGUGUGAUGGCAAAUUUUUGGUUGGGGAUACAGUUUGCUGGAAUUGGACAUUUUAGUACUGGACAACUUUGUGGGCUUUCAAUUCGUGAUUCUUUACAUUACUAAAAGUGUUAUGAAUAUUAUACUAUGCAUAUUGGUGUUAAUAAAUCAGACUAUUUACCAUCAUUGAUAGUGCAGAAAUCACCUGUUAACUUUUAUAUUGGACUUUGCCUCGCCUUAUUGUCGACCUUAUUCAUUGGAACUAGUUUUAUAUUUAAAAAGCUUGCACUUCGUCGAAGUUCCAGGAAUGGAUUUAGCGCUGGUGAUGGAUCCCUAAGUUAUUUGUGUGAAUGGAUGUGGUGGAUGGGUUUUAUUCUAAUGGGUAUUGGUGAAUUUGCCAAUUUUGUAGCGUAUACAUUCGCUCCAGCUAUACUAGUGACACCGUUAGGUGCAUUAUCUGUACUUGUUAGUGCACUGUUAAGUGUACGCUUUUUAAAUGAACGUUUAAAUUGUAUUGGUGGAUUUGGAUGCGGUAUAUGUAUAUUAGGUUCAACUUUAAUUGUAUUACAUGCACCAAAAGAACAAAAUUUAACAUCACUACAUGAAAUGUGGUUAAGAGCUACCGAUCCAUGUAAGUUUUAUAUUCUAUAUUGUACAUUCACAACAUUUUAUCUCUAAUAUGACUAUUCGUGUUCCUUUUUACAUAAUCAAUGAAGCAUAAGAAUUCCCAAUAAGAAUAACAACAAGCUAAAUUGAUGUGGCCACAAAAUAUUUAUUAUUUGGAUCUCUAUAACUUUGGCAUGAUUUUACAAGUAAAAUAUCAAAUCACAAUCAAUAUUACAAAUGAUAAGUCUCAAUGGGUGCAUAAUUAAGAUUUUUAAAAUAUAAAACAGUCAACUAUUGAGUGGUUUACUGGGGUGUUACUUACAGAUCGAUGAAAGACAAUCACAUCAAUUAGUGAGUUAGACAAAAAAGAAAGAACUUACAAUUAAAAUUAUUCAUUCAAAAAAUGUACUAUAAAACAAUCAUUUUGACUGAUUACAUCAUGAGGAACAAACAAAAUAAUUCACUAACUAUCCAAGUUUUAUAGUUUGAUUUGGUUUAGUGAUUUAUACAAGUUGAUUAGAUACUAACUAUAAACAAGAUUUUAUCAGCAACUGUUAGUAUUUGAAUAGUUUUUCAUAGUUCAAUUAUACAUCACAGGUAACUGUCUCAGUCCUAGUUGUAAACUUUUUAGUUAAACUCCAUUCAUCCAUGUAAAGUUGUUAGCGAAACAUUUUUGCAAUGUCCCAUGAUUUUCUAUAAUUCUCUAGUUGAUAUGAGUCUUUUCAUAUUCGACUAAUUUCCACAAUAACUUGAUGAAAUUGGUUGCUCACUUAGAUUAGCCUUUUUCUUUCAUAGCAUAGGAACUUUUUUCUGACAGCUUAGUAGUUAAGUAAACUAAACAAGCAUCCAUAAUAGUAGAACAUUGGUUUUAGGCUGAUAUUUAAACAAAAUUAGGGAAGAAAUGGGUGAUCGAUAAACGUAUGUUGAAAAACUGGCCGAUAUUAUAUCUUUCUGUACGUGUUGCACACAAAUCUAUUUUGUCAUUCUUUAAGGUAAUGAGCAAUUUUUAACUCAACUCAGAAAGACAUAUUACUUACCCAUAACACCAGAAAAUUGUUCCACGUAUCCCAAUACCUCAGUAUGUAAUAUGAUGUCUGUCCAGUGUCCCUGAAGUAUUUACAAGAGAGUUUGAUAUUUCCCGAUGAAGUUCUCCUCUACUCACUCAAAGAUUACUAACUACUCAAUCUUGACUCAGUUCGGAUAGUAUUUCUACAUUCUAAAUAGUACUGAAAUCUAUACUAUACCUCAGACUCUGAUUGACACCUAAAUUACCUUGGAGUAUCUACAUCAAUAAGCGCACAAAUAAGUUGUUCUAAGAAUGUAUCAUUAAGAAUGCAAAGAAUCUUGUUCAUCUACAACGGCUUCACAUGGCAUAUAAAAUUGUUGAGGUUCAAAAUCGGUUUUCCCUGUCAAUCCUUUAUUUUUUCUAUACACGAUUCUACUUACUCUCCAUGUUUUAUUGCGUACUCACCAGUAAGACGAUGAAAUGUUUCAAUGGAACAUCGACGGUAUGUACCCUUGUGAUUUGUAACUAUGCGUGUCACCAACAUCGUACUUCACUUUAGAGUUUACUUUGAACAAACAAAAAACAAACCUGAUUUAUUAAUGUUCCCAAUGCAAUUUAGAUCAAAAGGAGCAUGUAUCUGACAUGCCUUUUUAUUCAUACGAACUCAUUCCUACUUCAUAAUGUUGUAGCGUGGUGUCAGGUCGCGAUAGACUAUGAACACCACUACAAAGGAACGCAUGCCAGGAUAUCCAUAAAACCUCCCGGAAGCCAAAUAUCAGAAGGCAGUUAAUGGACCAAGUCGAGAUAUAUUUGCUGGCGAUCUCGUGGUAUCGAAAGAAUACCGAGAUCGUGCCAGGUACAAGCUUGGUUACAGAACGUAACCGAAUUCGCGCGAGGUCACAAUCAAAGUGUAAGAAUAAUGAAUGCUUUUUAGCACAGUUAAACAAAAGCACAUUAAAACUCACUGGUACAAUUGGUUAUAAUAAUUGUUUUCAAUAAACCAGUCGUGUUCUCGUGAUAAAAGUGAGUCACUACAAUGUCACAACAGAUUAUGUCUUAGUAAAUUCAAAGAAUUUAUUUAACUCUUAUGUUGGCUCACCAGUUUAGCGACCCGAGAUCUGACUCCGAUUUGGACGAGCGUAUGAAUACUCUAAGAAUAUAGAUCUUCCAUUUAAUUAUGUUACACUUAAGUUAACCUGUGUGUGUGGAGAUAAUAAAAAACCAAAUGCAGAUUAAGCUGGAUUGGUUUAUUUCAUACAAUAGUUUAUUCAGACUAUUCAGAAAUUAAUAAUGAGAAGCGGGAGAGCUAAGCGAGACGAAGAAUACAACUGUACCAACUCCUUUUGAUAAUGUGUGAAUCAAUAUUUACAGCCAGACAAAAACGAGCUAAAGACUUGUAAUAAAUGGAGUCAGCGAUACACACACACACACAUCUAAAAACCAGUCAAGGUCAAUAAGCGAACAAUUGACAAGGUCAAAAUGUGGCUCAAGUAGAGUAAAAUCAAUCGAUCUGUCUGAAAUUUAGAGUAACCGAUGUGGGUUGACACUGCACUCUACAUGUUUUUUCUAAAAACCGGAAUGUUAAAAGAUUGGUGUUCGGCAUUUCUUUUCAAUUUUCACAUUAAGAUAUUGAUGUUAUCUUUGUUCUGAUAGACCUCAUAGUACAGUAUAGUCUAAUCAUAAAUGUAAGUCCAAAGCCUAUUGCAUAGACGCAUACACUUAGUUUCUGUGUUUGUAGGUUCUCAUCAAUCAUUUCAUUGAAGAAUCACAUGCACUUUGAUCAAAACUUCAGAUAAAAAUUCAGAAAAAAUCAGCUUGUUUCGAGCUUGGAACCGUGAAGCGAUCACUUCAAUAUUCUUAUAUUUUACUCAUUAUACAUUGCACUGAUGCAUUUAUUUAUCUAAGUAUUUUGUUAUUAUAUUUGAUUGUUUUUCUUCUCAGCUUUCAUUAUCUACAGUUUAUUCGUUAUAUUAAUGUCCAUCGUAUUGAUUUUUAUUUUGGGUCCACGUUAUGGUAAAACAAACCCAAUUAUCUUCACAUUGGUCAGUGGAAGUAUUGGCUCAUUGUCAGUUGUUGCUUGUAAAGGUAUUGGUGUAGGAUUAAAAAAUGCAUUCACUGUUGGCUUUUCAUCAAUGUUCUCAUCAUGGUUUUUUUGGUUCCUGAUGAUCUGGCUUAUUGGUGCAAUCACAAUACAAAUGUAUUAUUUAAAUCGAGCAUUAGAUUUAUUCAGUACUGGCAUAAUUACACCGUUACUAUAUGUGUUCUUCACUGGCUUUGUAAUCAUUGCAUCAACAGUGUUAUUUCAUGAAUUAAAUGCAUUGAAUUAUAUGGAUUAUGUUGGUUUAAUAUUCGGUUUGAUAUUCACAGUGUUAGGUAUUGUUAUGAUUACUGUGCUAAAGGAUUCCAAUUUCUCAUGGAAGAGCUUACGAACAUUUUUUCAGGCAAAGCAUUCAACCUACUCGUCAUCAAACAGUUCAUUUGACAUCCACAAUAAACUUUAUCGUCGUAUUACUGCAUUCAAACCAACAUUGUAUGACUGGAAAACUCGACAUGGUAGACGUUUAUCAUUCGAUCAAUUGAGUACCGAAAAGUUAAUCUCUGAUCAUCAUUCUGAUUCUGAACUCACUGAUGUUGUACAGCUAUUGCCACAUAUAACUAGUCGUAAUAUUAAUCAAAAUGGUCAUCUAAUGUCAGGUAAGGCAAAAAUGAAAAGAAUUCAAACAUUUACUGAUUCUCCACAAUUGUAUACUCUAACAAACGGAAUAGUUUCUGUCUCUACUUAAAACUUUGAGACAAACUAAACAAGAAUCAUUUCAUUUAUAAGUAUGACAAUCAUCGUAAAUGUAUAGUUGUCCUCAUAGGUGGAUGAUGCAUAUAUAUACUCUCCAAAUCACGUUAUAUAUCACAUUUCCAUUCGUGCUUUAAGUUACUUUUAUUUUCAACCGUUCCAUUUAGAUCAUUUAAAUUUCCAUCUGUACUGUAAACCCUUGAAAUAAGAAUGACAAUUACGAGUUAUUGUCUUUCACAACUAUUCUCAUAAUUUUUAUCAUGAUUAUUAUUGUCGUUACUAUAUUUCUUUCUUCCUUUUUGUUUUGAAUAAUUCUAAUUAGAUUUUGUAUAGGAUAGUAUUUUCUGAUUGUUAAUAAGUAGUAUAAGUUGGUUUAUUUUUUCGUUGUUGCUUUCCCCCCCCUCCAUAUUUAUGGAACAUCAACCACCUAUACUUUUAUUACUGAUUAUCUAAUUAGAAUUAGAUAAUCUUAUAUUUGACUAAUAUUAUUAAUUUUAUAAAUUGUAUGAACAUUAUUUAAGCAAAUUAUUCAGACUACUUAUUAAUUUAUUGAAUAAUUAACUUUAUUAUUUAUUUAUAUAUCCAUUUACUUAUUCAUUCAUUCAUUCAUUCAUUCUUAUUUACAAACAUUGAUAUGUAAACAAAAUGAGCAUAUUUGAAUGAGAUUUGAAAUUGCAGUUUAGUGUUGUUGUUUGUUUGUUUUUCUAUGCUGUUUUCUUGAUAUGAAUUUUUUUGUUUCAAUUUUAGAAUCUAAUAAAUAAAAACAAAAUUAUAAUCAGAGAAAGGUUUUUAUGGAUGUUAUAAUAAUUUAAUAGUUGAGUUCAUGAGUAGACGGUGGAGCAAAUUCGUAGAUUAGUUAAAGUUAGACAUUAACACCGUUGGAUAUCGACCGGUUCGCGCUUGCAUGCGAGACCGAUAGGUAUUGGGUUCGAAUUUCACGAAGUAGGACCGUGGAUACACACUACUGAGGAGUCUCAUACUAGGACGAAACGACUAUCCAGUGCUUUCACGUUUUCCGUAUUCGUCUGACUUCAAUUAACUCAUCAAUUCAACUAUUAAAAAAAUAAGAUCCAUAUUGUCUUUUUUAAUCUUAUUGUUAAUUUUGUUUACAAGAGAAAAUCUUUUUUAAAGUUGAACGUAAUUAUCUUUACUUAAUAUUAUAUUACCUUAUAAUGAUAAUACAAUCAGUUAUAAUAUGUAUGAACCCUUCAUUGGAAAAUCUUUAAUUGAUUUAUUCGAAUAUUUUAUUCUAUCUAAUGUUGGUUUUAUUUGGUACAACUAUGAAAGAAAAAAAAUCAUCUAUUCAUUUGAUAACUAUGUUAAUCUAUUUAGAUUUACUAUACUUGAGGGGGGGGAAACAGAGUAUGAUGUAAUUACAAAAUAUCACUUAAUAAGGUAGAGAUUAUUAGUUCAGCUUAAAUAAAGAUUAUAUUGAUCUAACAGUACAAUGGUUGAACAUUCUAAAACAUCGAUACUUAUACUACUACCUAGUUUUAUUCAUUAUUAUCUUUCUAAUGGUCGAUUGGUUAAACAUACUUCAAUGGUACUGAGUUAACUAAUCAUAUGUCAAUGUUAUAUGAAAUGUGAUUUUUUGUACCAAAACUGACAUCAAGUUAGAUUUUCAAUGAUUUUCUGAAAUGAUUUUAUGCUCACUCAGUUAUUAAUUGUUAAAUGUUGUGUUAUUUAUUUUUGUGUGUACAUAGUUGUGUAUUUUAUUUCAUUAAAUGCAACAUAAUAAUGAAUCACUAGUCAACCUAUUCGAUCAAAGGGCGAGACUCUAAUUUAUGGAUGAGCCAAUCAGAAGCGUUUGAUGAAUUUCAAGGUCACAGAGUUAAUUUCAAUACCUGAUACUCACAUACGACCGGUUUACAGCGGAUUUUAGAGAAGAGGUGAUUAUUGAGCGGCUACAAGAGAUGAGACUACUAAGAAGUUCCUGUACCUGUGACUGCGGUACAGUGUGCAGACUAUCAUGAUGAGAUUGUAUUUCGUUGUUCUUUAUGUUGGAGAAGAAAGUCUGCUCGAACGGGGACUUUCUUCGCUCGAUCGCGACUGAGGCGAAUCAUGAUAAUAGUUGCAAAUUGGAUUAUAAAGGCACCAGUAACACUGGCUGCGGCAUUUGCAGAUGUUACUGAAACUCCAGCCGUCCAGUGGUAUGAGUAUUGUCGUGAUAUAUGUGCACUUAAAAUGACACGUCUACACGAAUCAUUCGGAGGAGUCGGAAGUAUUGUGGAAAUAGAUGAAACAGUAGUGCGAGAGCGAAAAUACAACAGAGGACGUAGUAUCAAGGAAGAUUGGCUAAGUAGCACUUCCGUAAAUAUACUUGACAGGUACUUGGAAUUUAUGAUCGCUCAACGCAAAAGGGGCAUUUCCAGAGGGUGACAAACCGUCAAGCAAGCACAAUAAUACCAGUUAUAAAGGAAUACGUGCAGCCGGGCACUACGUUAUAUACAGAUGAUUGGAGAGCGUAUAUAUGCCUUCAUAGACUUGAGUAUGUCCAUCAUGUCGUAGUGCAUAAACGCCAUUUCGUCGACCCUACUACCGGCGUUCAUACUAACAACAUUGAAGCCAUGUGGUCGAGAUUGAAGGAAUUUUUAAGACCGUACCAUGACUCCAGAGGACGACUAUUAUGGAGCCAUAUGAACGAGUUCCUAUAUCGUAUGCAUUAUGAUUUCAGAACAUCUGAAUCUUUAUCAAACGUUAACAAGUUUUUAAAUCACGUAAAAGAAGAAUAUCCACUGUAAUUCAUUAGUUUCUUAUAAUAUAUAUUUACUUUAUA